AUGUCCGAUGACGAAGAGCUCGACGAGGAGAUGCUCCUCGACGGCGACGACGAGCCGGAGAUGGACGAAGAGGAGGAAGAGAUGGAGCUCCUCCGCUCUGAGGGCAUCGUCGACGCCCUCGAGGAGAAUAUUCGCCGCGAUUUCGCGCUUAAGUACGGCACGAAGACGGUGCACGAGAAGAGCGCCCACCUCGGCAUCAGAAACUACAAGUGCCCGCUGUGCGAGAAGAACCUGUCGUCGCCGUCGGCCCUCUACACCCACAAGAAGACGCACGGGGAUAAGGUCUUCAAUUGCGAAUUCUGCACGAAAACCUUCACGCUGAAGAACUACCUGAAGCUGCACGUGAAGCAGGUGCACGAACAGAACGAGCGGAAGCACGUGUGCACCUACUGCCAGAAGAGCUUCGCCUACGCCGGAAGUCUGCAGGCUCGUGCUCGUGUCUCAUCCGAAUCCCCCAUCAACGUCGAGACCGACUCGGACGGCACGUUUGAGGAUAGCCCCAAGAAGCUGGCGAUGCUCGGGAAUUAUGAACCGAGCGCCUUCUCGGUGCCGGUGGUCAGCCCCGCGCCGCUGAAGCUGAACCUCCCCUUCUCGGCCCUUCCGCGCCCCCUCCCGCUCCAAAUUCCACCACCCAACUAUGGACCCCUCAGCGCCAGCAAGCCGCCGUUUUCGGCUGACUGCUCGCUCCCGGAAGCCUUCGCCUUCCAGCCCUGCUUGCAGUCGGCCACCGCCCAACUCGCCGAUCAGCUGCUGCCCCCAACACCCACAUCAUCACUCCCCACUCCCACGCUACCACCACUGGACCCCGCACUCCUAUCCACGUUGCUGUCGGCGGGCGGGCCGAACGCGCUGCCCCAGUUGCAACUGCUGCUUCAGCUGCAACAACAGUCUCAAACCGAGGCACUUGUGCAGCAGCUGCUGCUCGGCUCGCUGCCGUCGCCCCUCCUGCAAUUGCCCCAGCUGAACCCCUUCACGCUGCCGCCCCUGCCGACCAGCACCAAUUCAAUUAUCGCCUUGGCCGUAAUAGUGCUCGUCGUCUGGACCAUCGUACGCCGACGGCAAGAAGUUGAAAAGCGACAGAUUUUCUUGAGAUUCCCGGACGAGGAGGCGCACUUCAAUUUUACCAUUUUGCCAACGUCUCUAAAUUGCGGUGGGCUAAAGCAGCUGGUAAUGGUCCAAUCGGCACCUUCAAGUUUUGACAGUCGUAUAGGCAUCCGGCAUACGUGGGCUGCACAAGAUGAGAGUGUUCUAAUUCAGAAUGGUCGCUCACUUGUUCUGUUCCUCCUCGGAUCAACAAAUGACCCGAAGAUUCAGAAAGAUAUCGAGGAUGAAGCUUCCCUCCAUAAUGACAUUGUUCAAUAUUCAGCCAUUGACAGCUAUCGAGCUUUGGUUUAUAAGAGCCUGGUCAUGCUAAAAUUCCACGAUGUCUACUGCCCGGCUGGGAUUCUUAUCAAGGCCGACGACGAUGUGUUGAUGGACAUCGACAACGUGCAACGUCGAUUGGAUGCUACCGGAUUUCUAGGAACCCCGUUCAUCGCCGGGCUGGUUGCCGCCGAGGGUUCGACACCCAUAAUACGACAGCAAAACCAUAAAUGGUACGUCUCUGAGGAUAAACUUCCUGGCUCAUAUUACCCAAUCUAUGCCAAGGGUUUGGCGUACAUUAUUUCACGAGAAGCUACACCAAUUCUUCUUGCCUCUACUGUUAAAUGGCCAUUGAUUCCGAUCGAAGACGCCUAUGUCACAGGACUACUCGCCAAGAACACUUCAAUCAAAUACGUGUACAUGGAUGGGUAUAUCUACGAUUCGGCCGUCCCGAAGAAGUUCCACUGUUUCGACGGCCACAUAACGUUGAUUUGUGCUCAUGCUUUUAAGGGCGAGACGCGAUUACGUGACGGUUGGGAGUUGAUGAAGCAGUUAAAGUGU